AUGCUGGCGGAGGCAGGGCAGAAGGAGGACGCCGUGUGCUCCUACGGAAUGAAGCUCAGUUGGGAUAUCAACGAUCCGCAGAUGCCUCAGGAGCCGGCCCACUUCGACCACUUCUGCGAGUGGCCCGACGGCUACGUGCGCUUCAUCUACCGCAGCGACGAGAAGAAGGCCCAGCGCCACCUGAGCGGCUGGGCCAUGCGCAACACCAACAACCACAACGGCCACAUCCUCAAGAAGUCGUGCCUGGGUGUGGUGGUGUGCGCCCGGGCCUGCGCCCUGCCCGACGGCUCCCGCCUGCAGCUGCGGCCCGCCAUCUGCGACAAGGCGCGGCUUAAGCAACAGAAGAAAGCGUGCCCCAACUGCCACUCAGCUUUGGAGCUGAUCCCCUGUCGAGGGCACAGCGGGUACCCUGUAACCAACUUCUGGAGGCUUGAUGGCAACGCGAUAUUUUUUCAAGCCAAGGGAGUCCACGAUCACCCAAGACCGGAGAGCAAAUCAGAGACGGAAGCCAGAAGAAGUGCCAUCAAGAGACAAAUGGCCUCUUUUUACCAACCCCAGAAAAAGAGAAUUCGAGAACCAGAGGUGGGGGAGAAUCAAGACAACAGUGGACAUUUCAACAACAUAUCUUCCUUGGAAGAUUCAGAUGACUUUGAUAUAAUUACUGACACCAGCUUCCCUAUUCCAGCACAGCCUUGCUUUUCCUUCCCGAGCUCGGAUGCUUACAGAGCUACCCGUGACCUUGCCACCUUUCAAGCAGACAUAAUGCCACCCUUUCAGAAAUAUCCAAACCCAAGAAUCUAUUUGCCCGGGGCACCUUGCAGCUACGAAUUGGCAGGUCCUGGUUACACAAAUCCAAACACACAUCCCACCCUUUGUAAAAGUUCCAGCAAUCUCCCGAAUGACACGGACUGGGUCCAUCUAAAUGCACUGCAAUAUAAUGUCAACUCAUACGGCAGCCUCGAGAGAAGCUUUGAUUUCGCCAGUAAACAACAUGGCUGGAAACCAGCUCUUGGAAAACCUGGCCUUGGGGAGAGGACGGACCAUGGACAGUUCCAGGCCACGUCCACUCACCCUUAUUGUAACACGGAGCUUCCCUGUCCGUACCUCACGACUCCCUCCGUAGGUGCUCCAGCACUGCAGACUGUGAUCACCACCACCACCAAAGUGUCCUACCAGGCCUACCAGCCCCCUGCUCUGAAAUACUGUGACAACAUAAAGGAAGUUAAGGGCCUUUCGGGGUGUAACUAUGCUUCUGAAAACAUCCCCGUGUCCAUCUACCUGGAAGGUUUGGACUUGCCGACCACAGCGGCCAGGGCCUCUCCGGCAGGGCCGCUGCCUUUGAAAAUUCCAGGUGAUUGCAGAGCCAUGAGACCCACUUUGGCUUUUCCUCAAGAGUCGGCUCCCUCCGGGACAGACGGAGCAGAGACUUGGGACAUGUGUCCACCUAGGUUGGGGUCGGCAAUCAGUUAUUCGGAUGGGGUUAGUCCAUUCUUUAGCUAUGGCAGUGAGGACUUUUGAACCAUAGCCCUGGGCACGACAUAGUAUUGGUGUCCAUGCAGGCAGGAAAUGUGGAGUAGGAACGAUCUCUUGUUGAGUUGGGAGAUUGACCUAGGAGACACGUACAAUAAUAAAAAUGUUGAUCAGUUGAGAAAAUUAUGGGUUGGGGGUGUUUAGAAAGUAUAAGGAAAUUUUGCACAGCAUUUUAAAACCUAUCACAUGACAUAGAAUUAGGUCUGAAAUGUGACUCUCCCAAAUGAACCUACAAGCAAACUGGAUACCAUGAUGAUCAAUGAACUAAAUUCACUGGAGGAGAAGCCAAGAAUCCUGGUUCUCCUUCUAAGCCUUUCCCAGUUGACCAUAGAGAGUUUCACAAAUCCUUAUCUGGCCUUAGAAGUUGUCAG